UUCCGCAAAGGCACGGCCGGCUGUGGACGUGGUAGCCCGGGAUCUGCCACGUCCGAGACGGCGUACUCGAUAGUUCUUCAAGCUUCUCAAGAUCACUCGUGUUCUUUUGAUUUCGGGAGAGAGAGAGAAAGAGAGAGAGAGAGAGACAGAGAGAGAGAAACAGACAAACAGAGAGAGAGAGAGAGAGAGAGAGAGAGAGAGAGAAGGAGAGAGGGAGAGCAAGAAAAAGAAGGGAGGAGAAAGGAAAAUAAGAAGUAAACCGAUUCGAACAUCACCGAAUUAGUGCUCGUUCAUUAAUUUUCUUUUCACAUGUGAACCCUGCCAUAUCAUGGCUCUCGCCCUUCUGGGCAAGUGCAUUACUCGAUUGGCGUUUAUAUUACUUCUUUAUACUUGCUGCUACGCCUUCAAGAUACGUGAUGGAAAUGUCGUUCAUCCAUUUUCUUCGUCGAUCGUUGAACACUCGCAACGUGCCACCUGUGUUGGCUCAAAGUUCGGUAAGUGCCCAGAAAGAACGGUGACGACCAGCAGCGCAGUGACGCCUUCACCACGAAGAUGGCACGGGGCCAUGUCUUCGCAGGUUCCUCCGAUUGGUCGAAAACCACCUGUCGAAACGGUCUCGUCUACCAUCGAGGAGGACGCAAGUACCCAGAAAAUUGGGUCGAGGUUGUUGGGUGGUCAUCAGUUUGCCGAUAAAUCAUCAACUGGGUUUUCCAUUAGGAAAAAAGAGAAUACUAUUGAUGAUAAAGAUGGUUAUGAUGAUAAUGGUGAAAACCAAAAUGAAGAAAGCAAGGAUGUUGAGGAUAUUAGUAAUGAUGAUGAUGAUGAUGAUGACGAUGACGAUGUUAUAGUGGAAGAUGAGGAGGAAGAGAUACAAGCUGAAGAUGAUGAAGAUGAAAGUGCGGAGCUUAGUGAAGCUGACAAAAGUAAGGACUCUGAAGGGAACCAAGAAGAAGUAGAAAAAUCCAAAAGUAUCGAACGAAAGGAAAUGGAACGAGAAGCGGAAGUAAAAGACAAGGAAGAAGAUUACGGUACCAUGAACGUUCUUGGUUGGAGUUUCAAGUUGAGUGCAGGUAGUGUUUCCAAAAGUACAACUACUAAAGAUACCAAAGAAGUAAAAUAUAGAAAGGAUGUUGUUGAAGAUGAAGAUAAAGAAAAGAAAAAAAGUACCAUUGUAAAGGAGAAAGAGAAUAAGAAAGAUAUUAAAGGUGAUGUAAAAAUUGAAGGAGAAAGCUCCAUUCUAUUGAAGCAAGAGAAGAAAUCUCAAAAAAAGGAUUUGGGAUACGUGGAACGCGAAACGUUGGGCGAUAGCAAGGACGAUGAUGAUGAUCAUGACGAUAAGAAGGAUAAUGAAGAUAAAUUGAAAGUGUCUCCACCAACCAGCAAAAAGUUAGAAAAAGUGAGAUAUGCCGAUAAAGACAAAGUUAGAUCGAUAGAGCAUACUGAUAGUAAAUCGAUAGAGAAAGUCAAAAUAGAGCCGAAAAUCCCAGCUGAGAAAGUGAAAAAUGAAGUGCAACAGAUUGUGGAGGAAUCUAAAAAAAUAGGAGCUACUAAACCGACCAAAACUGCAUCGGACGAAGACAAGGAGAUGAAGAAAGCAAAAUCUGCUAAAGUAACGAAAAUUAAAAUAGAACAAGAGAAGAAAGUAAAGAAGAGUGGAAGUAUUGAGCCAGUCAAAUAUGAAGAAUCAGACGAAGAUAAGAAAGCGAAGAAAGCAGAAACUGUUAAACUAACAAAAACUGAACCCGGAUCAUCGAAAGCUUCUUUGAAAUCGGAAGAAAAACGAAAAACUCCUGCGAAAACGGAAACUCCGAAAGCUACGACGAAAUCUAAGGACGAAGUAGAAAAAUCUGUUAAACGAAAAGUAAAAAGAGCAGUACCAGAAACGGCGAGAAACGAGACGAAAUCGAAAACGAAGGAACAUCGAGAUGCGACAAAAAAUUUAGCCGAUUUAAAUGACAAGAUAUUACGUGUACCAAGUUUUGUACCAAAUUUUACCGCAGUUGAGGAUACGAACUGUCAACAACAUGGCAAGAUAUUCCUGCGUCAAUUAAGGGGUUACAAACUAUGGGCUCUUCAAAUGUUGGAUUCUAAUGCAAAGAUCCCGUCUAGUCUCUUGCGUGGAAACGUCAAUCAGUUUGGUGAUUUUGAUCAAUGUUUAGGUAUCACGUCGCAUGUUAAGAUGGGUAAUAACACGAUAAAGAUUCAAGGAAAAUAUUGUUUGGCAACCAUAGAUUUAUAUGCCACACAACAGGACAUGAAACUACCGGUUCAUCUGAUGCAAGCUCGUACUUUUAUUAAAGGAAAUAUGCAUGACCCGGGACAUUUCAUACCGAGAUUCACGACGGUAAAUUGGGCAUUGUGCCUUCCAGCAGCAUGCACAGCGAAAGAUGCAGAAAUCAGUCUGAUCGAUGCAUUGAGUUAUUACAAUUCAACCUCUGGAAUUAGAUUUACGGUGGAUGUUAAUCCAGAUAUGUGCUACAUAAAGCAAAGGUCACGAAAUUAUUCGAAAGAAACGAUCGGUGUCCUAUACUUCUAUGCAGCAGUCGUUUGUCUAGUCAUCAUAGCUACGAUCAGAGAUUAUUUGGUAAUCUCAGAAGGAAAAGGAAAUUAUUCCGAAAGAAUAAUAAUGGCCUUUUCAUUGAGAAGAACAGUUAAAUAUUUGUUUAAAGAAAUCAAAUCUAAUAGCAAAGAUAUAGCAUGCCUUCACGGAUUAAGAUCCGUGUUUAUGAUUAUUAUUUACUUUGCUCAUCAAAUAAUACCAUUGUCACGGAUACCAUAUGCUAAUCGGGUCGUUUUCACAGAGUUUGCAAAUAAUCCCAUCAGUUGUCUUCUGAGGGUUUCUUCACUUUAUACGGAUUCCUUCUUACUUUUGAGCGGAUUGUUGACGGCUUACAACAUGGUGAAGGAAUUAACAUCCCGUGGAGAGAUUCGUUGGUUUUGUCGUUUUAUCGUUAGAUUCAUCAGAUUGACACCCGCCUUAAUCGUGAUAAUAUUUUGGUAUGCUUUUGUGAUGGAGCAUAUCGGAUCGGGACCGCUAUGGAACAAUAUUAUUGUAGAUAAUGCGGAACUCUGUAAAAAAAAUGCAUGGACCAAUUUACUUUACAUACAGAAUUUCUUUCCGUUCGAAGAAAUGUGUGCAACGCAUACCCAUCAGCUAGCAUUAGACAUGCAACUGUCAUUGUUAGCACCAAUUUUAGUUUUUUUCCUUCAUUAUAAACCGAUUAUCGGUAUCAUUUUAUUAUUCUUCCUUAUUCAAGUCUCGGCUACGCUUCGUUACAUAGCCACGAUAAAUAAUAAUCUAUCGAUCGUAAUCUUUCACGGAAUGUCAUUGAAACAACUUUACAAAGUCGCUAAUUUAAGUUACAUUCUAGCAUUACAUAGAGCGACUCCCUACGCUUGUGGCGUAGGACUUGGCGUUUUAUUACAUUAUACAGGGAAAAGCGUAAAGAUUCCCAAGGUGUUCGUGAUCUUGGGAUGGUUGAUUGCGAUGUCCUUUGGAACAUGGUCGUUAUUUUCUCCUUGGCGUUUAGCCAAAAGGGACUACGUGUAUGACGUUGAAGAAGCCACUCAUUACACUGUGAUCAGUCCAGUCUCGUGGGCUAUAGCUUUAUGCUGGACGAUUUUUGCCUGUUUUACCGAUCACGGAGGAAUCAUAAACAGAUUUCUCUCGAACUAUUGGUUCGUAAUAUUCAGUAGAAUAUCUUAUGCGAUUUAUUUAACACAAUUCCCAGUAUUUUUCUACAACGUUGGGACCACGAGAUAUACGACAGAAUUUCAGGAACAUAGAAUGAUCGAUUUCUUGGAGAUAUUCGUAGUGAUAUGCGUGUCGAUCGUAGUUACUUUAUUGUUCGAUCUUCCGAUGCAGGAAGUAAGGAACGUAAUAAUGGAAAGUACAGACAGUUUAUCAACCGACGUACCUACAGAAAAAUUAGGGACGGAAGAAACGAAUGAAACAAAGUCGAAGGAAUCCGUUAAGAAGAUAGUCAACGGAGCAAAAAUAUUCGAGGAUGACGAAGCAACCUCGGCGGGAUGGGAUUGGCAAAAGAACGUAAUUGAAGCCGAUAUCGAAUUACGAAACGAAAGUAUAAAAGACGAAGGGAUUGCAAAUAUACCGGGUUUAAAGAAGUCGGAAGAGAGAAGAAAAUCAUUUAUAGGAUAUGACGACGGAGAGAAACAUAUAGAACGAGGAAGAAUAAAUAGAAGAAUCCCGUACUCGUUUGAUUCUGAAGAAGAAACUAUGGAAUAUUUCAGAAAUCAAAAAGAAGAAGAAACGAGAAGGAACAGACGUUCGGUUUCCAGAACGAAAGAAAUCAAGAGAUCGAUGCCGAUCGAAAUUGAGGAUGAUUAUAUAAGACGAAGAAGCGAGGAAGGUUAUUCGAAUCAGUAUAGAAGAUCAGAGUCGAAGGAAAGAUCUUCUGUUAGAGAACACGAUGAUUAUCGUUCUUGGGAAUUUAUUAAUAAGGAACGUUCGACGUCUAUCGGUCCAGACUCAAUGCGAUUUUUAACCGAAUCGGAGGAAUACGUUCCGAGAAGUUCACGACGUUCCGUAACAAAAUCUAUGGAUUCGAGAAGAACAUUUUCUUCAGGAAGCGAAGAUGAACCGCCUGUUCAACGGAGAUCGAAACAUGACCGAAGAUAUCCUUCGGUGGAACCGAAAGUAAGCGAUGAAGAAGAAUGGGAAGAAGAGUUGAGGAUACGAAGGCGUCGAUACAUGGAGAAGCUCGCCAGCCAACAAAGUGAUUCAGCGGAAGAAGAAGAUAUAACGUCCUUGAGACGAAGGUCUUCUGCCGAAGGAAGAAUAGCUUUGUUGAAAGAUCCUUCGGGUAACGAAAAUAUGGACGCUUGGACUGUGAGUGUUGGUCCUCGUAUCGCUCAACUUGGAUCCUCUCAGGAACCUAGCGAACCUGAAGACGAUGCUUCUUAUCUUCAACGUCGUGAAUAUCGCGAGAAAGCACCACCGUUUAGAGAAAAUCCUUAUAGCGAGGAAAAAGAUUCCUCCGUCAGAGAUGACAAGGAUGUUGCCAGCUUCAACUUCGUUCUUACGAAGGACAGUAAAAGAAAAUCUGUUCAAGAUCUUACAAAAUUGGACGAUUCGGAUUUGACAGAGUCUGGAUGGAGCCUCGUCAAGGAGGAAGGCAUCGAAAUUUUGCCGAAAUCGUCCUUGGGAUUGUAUAAGCGAGAGUCUAUCAUUAAGAGUCAGGCUAGCGAAGAAGAUCCAGAAUAUUAUCUUCCAGAGAGACCGAAACUUGUUCAGCAAGAGCAGGAACAUCCGUUCAAGAAAGCAUGGCAGAUGCAAAAAUCUCGAUCGGAAGAAGACGCUUUAGCAUACAUAGUAAAAGAUAAAAAAUUGGUGCAAUCCGAAACAAAGAAAGACGAUGAUACUUCGACGAGUAAAAAAGAUACGACCGCUGAAAAGUCUCAAGACUUUGAAGAUUUGGUUACGGAAGAAACUGACAAGUUAUCGGUUUGGCACGACAGGAGCACUGAUACAGAAGAUAAUCAACAGAGCUCGAAAUCUGAGAUGGAGUCUGACAUCGAAUCGACUUCAGUAAGACAAUCGUCGAACACUGAUGUCGACGAGAGUGGACCCUGUUCUGUUUCCGAAACUGAUUCAGAUACUUCUAGAUUCGUUUGGCCAACCGAGGACGAGCAAUUUGAGAUGUACAAGACGGGACCAAGAAGAAAAUCUAUGGAAACUAAUUGCGAUUGGGAGGAGGAAGAAACUUGACGAAAAGAUAAUCGCAGAAUUCUAAAAGAAUGAUUAAGAAAUUUUCAAGGACGAUCAGGACCAAGGACAAAUUUUAAAGCGUUGAGAGUGAACAGCGAACGCACUUCUGCGACAGCCCGUUUAUCAGUGAUCGUAUAUGCAUAUAUAAAUAAACAGACAGCUAAGUUGACAUCAGUAUCAUUAUAUUAUUUAACAUAUAAUAAAUUACGAAUGGACCAUUAUAAAAAAAAAGAAAAAGAUAACAUCCCUUUAUAUGUUAUUUAUAGUUUGCACAUACAUAUCACGUCCCUGAAACAUUUGUUUUCUUCGUUAUUUUCUUCAUCGUAUUUUGCUUAUUUAAAAGAUGAUAUUAAAGCUUUUAAAUACGAUUCUUUUUCUCUCGUAAAGUGUCGGAUAAGUUUUAUUUACUGUUAAAGCCAAACUGUAAAAUGAUUCGUUCGAGUACAAUAAUAAGAGAUUCGAACAUUGUUGAUAUUAAAAGUGCUCCGAUAAAAAUGAGCGUCUAGUGUGACAGUAUUAUACUGAACUACAAAUAAAAUAUUCUCUUUUCAGGAAGCUUCUAAAAUAAUACUCUUUUGCUUUAUUUAUCUUAAUACUUACACUUAUUAAAUUAAUAAUAUCUAAGUAUCGAACUCUUCGAAUAGAAUGACACUUUUUACUAAUUAUACGGAUUAAGAACAAUGAAUCCUGAUCGUUAUCGUAAAAUACUGCUGAUUGGUUUUGGAAGAAAUCAAAAUUUAUGGUGACUUCUAUUUUAAUCUCUUAUAGAUAUUCGAUUAAUAGAAAAAAAAAACUAAAUUUUGAAGUUACAAAUUCUAGAAGAAUUCAAUUGUUAACAAUACUCCAGAUAAAUUUCUGUAAAGAUGUAUAAAAAGCAGCUUUUAAAAUAGUAAAUUUUGUUCUUGGCCCAUAGAAACGCUGAACAUAAAAAUAGGUAGUGAUAAUAUUCUUAUUUCUUUUAUUCCGAUGAUAUUAAACGCGAAAAUAUCUUAGAUAAUUUGAUCUUCUGAUAAUUUAUAAUCUGAGAUUUGCAUUCGGUAAUGCAUAUAAGCGAACACAACGAUAUACUCGCAUAUACAUUUUAAUAUAAACGUUUAUAAAAUACUUAUUCGAUCUCUUAUUUCGUUCUCUUAUUUCUCUGUAAUUCGUCGUAAUUUAUGACGAAUAAUGCAAUUGAUAAAAUUAAUCAAAUAAAAGACAUUUUUUUAUUAUCAGUCAUUUCUACAAUGGAUAAACUAUAGUAUGAGUUAAUAUAAAUAAUCUAGUAUCUACAGACUAAGUACUAAAACUGAAACAUAAACUUCGAUAAAACGCGCAUUAAAGAUUAAAUGAAAUCCAUUUAACAGAAUAAACGUGUCAACCAGAAGCGGAUCCUAGAGAAAAAUAAAAUUCUCUGCAUUUUUAAUCCACUGAAAUCAUACGUAUACUUUUUAGAAGAUUAUCUAUAAUCUUUAUCAUAACUAGAAGGUCAUAAACAUCUGAAAAAUUUUUUUACCUGUGUCCAAAAGUUCAUAUUCGGCAACGGUUCGCUGGUAACGUAUGUAUAUCUAAAUAUAACUGACAACGAUUAGGGGCAUGAGUAUGAACAUAAUGCCAAAAAUAAAUUUCAGAUAUUGUACGAUAGUCCAAAAAUCUUUUUCAAAUUCGAUAUCAACGAUAAAAAGUAUAUUAUUCCAAAUGAAAGCUCGAGCCAACGAAUUCACAUUUGUGUUUUUAUUUACCAACUAACCAUAUGAAAAAUAAUUCCGUCUAAUCACCAUUUAAAUCACCAACAAUACAAUGCAUCAGUAUACACAGAUGAAACAGAAAAAAAAUAUAUUAAUUAUAAUCAAAAAAAAGGAAAAAAGAUAAAAAAAGCAAUUAAAAAAUCUCCUAAUCGAGUUCCAUCAAAAAUUAUGAAUCGCUUGUGGUAACCUUGUCGUAUAUGCAGAAGACGUUUACAAUUUUAACAGAAAAUAUAGUUUUAUUGGAGCGGAAUCCUUCUGGAAUCCUUGGUGUGAGCUUUAAUCGAGAUUCACUGAAAGCCACCGCAAGCACUCUCCCGACGACAUCCUUGACGUCCUGCGGCGUGCAAGCAGCAGGGACGCAAAUACCCCAGUAAAGUUCACUUAUCGACUCUUUCGAGCUAUCUUCAACGAGUCUGAACUUCUGCCAGACAGAAUAGUACCUUUUUAAAUAAGCCUCAGGCACCUUCACGGUAACUUCACCGAGACAAUAACGAUCACGGAUAUUCGGGGGUGUCUCCUCUUUUAAACCAAUGUCCAGACAUUCGACAUCGAAGUUGUCCAAUUGGGAAACCGUAUCGGCCAAAACACCCUCUGGAAAUUUUACAAUGAAACCGUAGUAUUUCACCAUUCAUUUUAUCAGAUUCUUUGUAACCUUUAAGAUAAGCUAAUGUGAAAUAUAUAUCUAAAUUUUUCAUCUUCUAUUAAGG